AUGUACUACGAGCCAGGCAAAACUGCACACAACCUUCCGCAUGAUCCCUUCAAAGCCUGCGUCGUUCCACGUCCAAUCGGCUGGAUCUCAACCGUUUCGGCCACGGACUCAACCGUACAUAAUCUUGCACCCUAUUCGCAGUUCAACAACCUGACAUUUGAUCCUCCUUACGUCAUGUUUUCGGCCAACCAGAAGCCAGACAUGCAAAGAAAAGAUACGGUCCGUAAUGUCGAGUCGACCGGAAAGUUCUGCUGGAAUCUUGCAACAUGGGACUUGCGCGAAGCCGUCAACAUUUCCGCAGAACAGGUUGGAUACGCAGUGGACGAGUUUGAGCGCGCCGGGCUGCGUAAGGAAUACAGCCAUUCACUGCCUGGAGACCCCGUUCCCAUGAUUAAAGACAGUCCAGUGAAGUUUGAGUGCGUCUAUCACUCGACUAUCAGGUUGCCUGCCAACCCACCAAUGGGAACUGUCGACGUCGUCAUCGGCAGAGUUGUAGCUGUUCACAUCCACGAUGACGUGCUUACAGACGGAAAAUUGGAUGUCAGGAAAACGCAACCAAUCGCUCGUUGUGGUUACUUCCAGUAUGCGGUCAUUCGGGACACUUUUGACAUGGUAAUUCCCGGUAUGGACGACGCCACUUACGCUGGGUUGGAAGGGAACAGCGGGAUACACAAAGAGAUUAGAGAGGGCAAACUGGGACAGAACGGCUUGAAGUAG